AUGCCACGCAAAUCCCAGGAUCUACCGGCUACCGCAAUAAUCGCAGCUGGAGGAGGGAAGCGUUACAAGCCAAAAGCACCGAAUAAACACUCAGACAAUGAUCCACGCAAGUCGAGAUUAGAUGAGAAGUUGAAGAAAAGACUCUCAGUUAAGUACACAUACCAACAACCAAGCGCACAUGAUGCACCACCAGUACCAACGCUACCGAAGACACACAUACAGGAUAAGCACACUUUACAGCCUGAGGAUGUCAGAGAGAGUCUAUUUGAAGAUGGGGACGAUCAGCGUGUCAGCAGCAGUCUUGAUAUCAUCAACAGAGAGUGGCUACAACAGUCAGAUUUCGACGCACAAGCAUACGUUAGAACCCACCUGGCAAAUGCCAAUCCAACCGAAGUUGCGCACUUCAAACAAGCGCUCAAUGAAUCGAUGCACUCUACGAAUACUCAACUCGAACAAAGCGCAUUCAAGAAUUACUCUGACUUUAUCUCUAUCUCAAAAGAAAUUGGUUCACUUGAAACAGAAGUUCUCGAAUUGCGUGAAUUGUUGAACGAAUGGAGAAAUCUCCCUGAGGCUUUCGGUAUUGACGAAAAUGCAGAGUCUGAUAUGGAUAGAGUGAAAAGAAACAGAUCAUCAAUAGCAGACCUUGCUGUUGUUUACAGAACACAACUUCAGACGCUGCAUUCUACCGUGGAAGGCUCUCUUAAACAUGUUCCACACGCACCAGGUAGACACAUAGUAAUGACUUCCGCAAAAUUCGUUGAACUCAAUGCCGCAACAUACAGAAUUGCACAAUCUGUUGAAAUUGUUCUCCUUAACGAUACCCUUUUAAUUGCAAGCAAGAGAAGACGCCAAGCUAGUCAAGGUCGUGAGAAAUUAAUUGCGGAUAGAGCCUGGUCAUUCUCUGAUAUUACUAUCCAAGAUGUUAGGGACUCGUCUAAAGUGAAAAAUGCAAUAAAAGUCAAACACAGUAAACAGUCAUACGUGUAUAUGGCAGAUUCACCUAAUGACAAGUCUGUCCUUCUGAAUGCCGUCAAGCGUGUCGUAGAGGAAUAUCAAGCGCAGAUAAAACAACAGCACAAUCAGGAGGGUGAUCUAUCGCCUAAUUUCGUCCUGAGUCCGUCGAUGGCAUCUGUGGGUUCAGCUAGUUCGCCUAUGAGAACACCUAUCACGUCUUCCAACAAGUAUUUACAGUGGAUGGAAGAUUACGUCGACGAACUAUCAGUCAGUGUCGCAUUAAACGAUUAUGGCACUGCCGUUGAACAUAUUGAUAAGGGUCGCAAACUCUUGAGAAGUACAGAUGGCCAAACUGAACGUGAUACAUUGCAAACUCAGAUUACCCACCAUAAGAAAAUUCUUGUCAAGGACCUGCUACAUGUUAUAGAAGACUCCUCUAAAGUUAGAAAAUCUGUGGUGAUAGACACCGUGGCGUUACUCCAUAGAUUAGGCGAGACAAGCUUAGCUAAGGAGACUUACUUCAAUAGUCGCAAAGAGCUCAUAAGACGGAGAUCCCGUCAGAUGGUAUUUGAUGGUGAUGUAGUGAACUACCUUGCAGAGUUAGCAGCUAUUACAUUCACCAUAAUCAAGCAAUCAGCUGAGUGGUUCAGAGCAGCGUUCAACAGUACAAAUAAAGCCAAUGGAUUUGGAUACUGGGCGUCUGAGCAAAUCAAAACAUUUGCAACGAUGUUUAAACGACAAAUUAGCGCAUCAUACCUCGACAAAGAUGUCAUAGAACGCGCUAUUGAGAUUACGAAAGAACAAGGAUUAAAGGUAAGCCUUAGCAAUAUAUCUCUGAACGCAGCCUGA